AUGCACCCAUUUGCCUCUUAUGUCCUACGAAGCUACUACAAGGCCACCGGUUGGAACGAGGACAACCUCUACGCAAACUUGACCCGCUCGUCCAACGCCAUCCUUGAUUUCACCGUCCCUCGCGGUCUCCACCUCACCGUUUCAAAGUCCCCAAAUGCUUUGUUCAAAACUACAUAUUCCAUGACGGCUAUGCCGUCGCUCCACGGCUCAGUGGGGUAUAUUUUCACCUCAUGCGAUCUUGAUGUCAAGUCGUCGGGAAAUGUGCGCUUCAAAAACAUGAUAGAGCGCUUCAAGGUGUACGACCAACCUCGUCGACCGGAACCUAAAGAAGAGGAAUGGUUAGCAGGCGAACAAGUGCAAAAACGAGACUAUCUCCUCUAUGGACGAUUCUACCUACCCACAGGUCGACUUGACGCUCUUUAUUCAACCCGUCUCUCUCCGACAGUACAGGCGCUGGUCGCCGCCAUCUCAGAUCCACCGUCAAAUAUCCCCUCUGAACUACGAGACCGAAACGGAGACCCCAGCAACAUCAUGCUCAACCUGCAGCAUGAUGUGGGGAAGUGGUGUACGGAGUACACAUGGAGUGCUGAGGACGGAAUGUGGGGCGUGCGGGUGCUGCACAACUUUGGAAGGCUGGGUAUGUCGGAUGCGGUGGAAGACGGCGGCGGCGGGAAGGGAGACCGUACGGUGAAAGUGAAACGGGUGGAUGAGGAAGAUGCUGUGGAGGGUGGAUUGAAAGGGCGGGUGUCGAUGGGGGCUGAGCUUUAUUUUAGUGCCAAAGAACGAAGUGCCGGAGUUUCAACAGGAAUCCGCUUCACAACUCUACCAGAUGCUACACCUCCGUCAUUCCAAGUACCCUCAUCAUCAUCAUCAUCAUCAAACCCCGUCUCACCCUCUACAUCUCAACCUCCAACGACCAUCACCGCUCUUUUCAAUCCAAUGUUGGGGCACAUGUCAGGAGCAUACACCGCUCGCGUGUCGCGGGACCUCGCGCUCUCGUCUCGAUUCGAUUUCAAUGUCUACAGCUACGAGAGUGAAUGGACCAUGGGUGCGGAAUGGUGGCUGCGCCGAUCUUUGACGCCAAGACCAUCCGAAGACGGUGAAAUACAUCCACCAACACCACCGCCAUUUCCUCCCCCCGUUGAAGAUGUUCAGGGCGUCGUAAAGGCGCGAGCAUCAACUAAUAAUGACGUUUCCCUCAUGUGGGAAGGCAGGCUAAGAAACAUGCUUGUCAGCUUGGGCGUAGUUUCCGAUUUUUCUAGCAGGUCAAAACCAAUAAAAGCCAUUGGACUGGAAGUAUCAUAUUUUAGCUCUGAAUAG